UAUGUUUAUUUUUCGGUUUGUUAUAUUAUGAGAGAAAAACAUUCAGAAACUAAUUUAUGAAACAAAUAAAAUGCCAGUCGAUAUAAAAGAACUUACAGAAGGUUGGCUUGAGCUUGAAAGUGACCCUGGGCUAUUUACUUUGCUUCUAGAAGACUUUGGUGUUAAAGGAGUUCAAGUUGAAGAAAUAUACGAUCUUAAUAAACCACUAGAUAGCCCUGUUUAUGGUUUUAUUUUUUUAUUUAGAUGGGUUGAAGAAAGAAGAUCACGCAGGAAGGUAGUAGAACAAAAUGAAACAUUUGUUAAAGAUGAAGAUAUUGUCAAUAACAUAUUUUUUGCUCAACAAAUGGUACCCAAUAGUUGUGCAACUCAUGCACUUAUAUCAAUAUUAUUAAAUUGUCCUACAAUACAUCUAGGAGAAACAUUGGCAAGAUUAAAAGCUCAUACACAAGGUAUGAGCCCUGAUAAUAAGGGUUGGGCUAUAGGUAAUACACCAGAAUUGGCAUGUGCUCAUAAUUCCCAUGCUAUGCCACAAGCUAAAAGAAGAUUGGAGAAAGGAAGUGGAGUAUCUACUGGACGUUUUACAGGAGAAGCAUUUCACUUUGUUAGUUUUGUGCCCAUUGGUGGUAGACUUUUUGAAUUAGAUGGACUGAAACCAUUUCCAAUAGAUCAUGGUCCCUGCAAUGAUAUGGAAUGGACAGAUAAGUUUCGUUGUGUGAUUACUGAUAGACUUGGAAUUACAGCUGAUGAGUAUAAUGAAAUAAGGUUUAAUUUAAUGGCAGUAGUACCUGAUAGAAGACUGGCAAUCCAACAUAAACUAAAAAUGUUAAGAACAAAUAAACAAAUUGUUCUAGAUGCUUUGCAACAUUUAGUUAAAAUUAAAGAUAAAGGAGGUGGAGUACUGAAACCUGAGAGUCACAAUGAUGCUGGGAAGGGUAGUUCUGUCAAUAAUAUUGAGGAGGUAGAGACCAAUAAAGACGAAACGUCAGAUGAGUCAAAAUUAAUCAAACCUGAAGUACCACCAUCUGCAAGUAAAGUAACUCUGUGCCCAUUAGAUUAUGCAACACCUUUAACAAUUCAGACUUCUCCUGCUCCUAGUACUUCUGGAACCGAUACACCUUCAGAUUUGGGUUCAGCUUUUAAUUCACCAACACAGUCUUGGAACUGGGCAAAUUCUUCAGCUGGACAAAAUAGUCCUACCUCUAAAGAUUUGAAAAGGUUUGUGGUACUUAGGAUGGCCGAACAAGAGGACAAAGAGAGAGCUGCAACUUGUUUAAAUUCCGAAAACCUAGAACGAAAAUCUAGUGGAGGCCAUGCUAGAGUACACACUAGUGAUGGAGAUCCCGUUAUAGCUGAAAAGAAAAAUCAAGAGUUACUGGAACCCCAUACAUUUGCCCCGAAGGACUUAUUAGCUUUACUGAGAAAUUUAGAAAACGAAAUUUGUGUGUGUGAAGUUAGUCUCAAAGAUGAAAAUGACAAGCAGAAUAAAUAUAAGGUGGACGACAGCAGAAGGACUCACAAUUAUGAUGAAUUUAUUUGUACAUUCCUCUCAAUGUUAGCAGAACAAGGAAAAUUAGCAGACUUAGUGGAACAAAAUUUGGUAGUUCCAAAACGACCUAAUAAUUCUACACCAGUACCCAAGCCUACGAAAAAAAAGAAAGAUGGUGGAAAAAGAAAAAAGAAAGGUGCUACAUACAAUAAAUUGUACAAAAUAACCGAAAAAAAAGCCUGUAAUAACUAG